AUUGUCCUUCUUGUGACAGAGAGCACUGGGACAUUCAGUGAGGCCACAGCAGGGAGGAACAGCCCACCAGCCAAACAUCUGGCUCAAGAGGGCCAGUUCAUUACUUGUAUUACACUCGAGUUGAUGCCAUUUAAAAUGUUUGGUGAUGGGGGAGGGAAGGAAGGCAGAAAACGCCUGGAAAUACAAGGAUGUGAUGUCAAACUGUCAGAGGAAAUGUAUGCAAUAAUCUACAGUAUAUACCACAUAACUGAUUAAUUAUUUAUAAGAACUUGGUAAAAAAUCUCAAAGCAACCAAACCUCCUCAGCUCAUGGACAUAAGCAGGGGGAGAGGGGAGGGGGUCUCCUUGACUGACAACCCAAAUGUCCUAUGGAAUUCCAGUAACGGUCCAACUGUGCUGAGAAACCCACCCAAAGGCAAUUAAGGGUAAAGUACUACAAAAAUAUUUGAUACACUUUUUUUCUGGUCGAAUAGAAGAAAGGAUGGCGAGAGAGCAAUAGAAUGAAACACUGAUCUCCUGUGAUGGAAUAGAUAGAUAACGGUCCGAUCGUUUACGAAUUUCAAAGAACUCAACGAUAUAGGCUAGCCUACGCAUAACAUUUGUCUUCUCCAAAACUUCGAAUGAAAUAGAUGAAGCGGUGGUCCAAAAAGAUGUCUUAUCGGCGGAAGACAUUAUAAAAAGUUACAGAGAGAGUUUCUGAGCAAGAACGACCACAAGAACGAAUGUUGGACCUACCCUUGAACGUAUACAUUUUGCGAAAACGUCGAUGUUUUUUUUUUUAAAGGACCAAGGAAAGUAUUAUUAUUAUUGGAUCACCCUUAGGUAGAUCUCAAUCUUUUCAGCCAGGGUGUUCUCUUCAUCAGUCUCUCUGAUUUAUUCCGCGUGUUGAGGGGAUGGGGGCCGCGCCGGGUUCGGGCUGGGAGGAGGGGGAGUUCGAGUUCAAGUUGGUUUUUGAGGAGGACCCGCCGCGCCAACUCCGGGGCCCAUCCCCGCUGCGCAACGCGGACCAGGAGCACACCGUCGCAGGGGAGAGGACAGAGAGCUCCCUGUCGCUCCCAACGUCGAGCAAUACUGACAGCCACCUGGCUGCCACUCAUGUAGGCCAGCCAAUCGGCAUCCCUACCCCACCGUCUUCUUCAGCCAGUCAAAGGGCUGGGAUGCAUUCCCCGCCCCCCAGGCGUGCCUUGGUGAGGGAGUUCAGCGGGACUUAUGAGAGUCUUCCAGCGCGAUCUGUACAAGUCUCAGAGUCCCGUGUGUUGGAGUGCCCUAGCAUCCAGAUCACUACUAUCUCUCCAGAGGAUGACACUGCCCCAGCAGGAAGUAACUACUGGGACACAGGAGGUGGCUGGGAGAGGGAGCGCCUCUACCUCCCCUUACUGGACCCAUUCUGCUACCGCGACGGCGGCACCGGCACUGGGUCCCUGAGCCCAAGCCCUGCCUCCAGCCCCUCUUCUCGCGGCUGGCUCAGUCCUGCGUCCAGCUGUGAUUCGCUGCUAGUAGAGGAGGAGGAUCUCAAUGAGGUCACUUCCCAUUUCUGCCUGUCGCCCUCCUCCCGGCCAACCUCCCCGGGGGGUAAGAAGCGCAGGAACUCCCCCCUGGCCUCCCCCUGCACCUCCCGCAGGAGCAGCUACUCUGAGGACCACUCCUGUAACCAGGAGGAAGGAGACUCCACCUCUCAGUCACAUGGUCCCAACAGCAGCUUUGAGCUGAGCAUCCCACAGAAGACCAGGAAGACGUCACUGGAGCAGGUUUCCCCCAGGGAGGUGGAGCAAGUGCAGGCUCCAGCCCAUAGCACCCACUGCCCACUCCCAGAGCUGCUGCAGCAGAGGAGAGAGGCCCCUUCCAUGGGCAUGGACUACCUGUCUGUGCCCCCUGCUCUGGGCUGGGGGAGGACCAGAGCCAGCGCCCACAGCCCUCUGUUCAGAUCCAAUGCUUUGCCACCACUUGAUUGGCCUCUGCCAACUCAGUUUGACCAAUAUGAACUGCGUAUCGAGGUGCAGCCCCGCCCACACCACCGAGCCCACUACGAGACGGAGGGAAGCAGAGGAGCCGUCAAGGCAUCACCAGGGGGACAUCCGGUUGUUAAGCUGACUGGGUACACAGAGAGACAGCCGCUCUCUUUGCAGGUGUUUGUGGGAACAGCUGAUGACAGGUCCAUCCGGCCUCAUCCUUUCUAUCAGAUUCACAGGGUGACAGGGAAGAUGGUGGGCACUGCCAGUCAGGAGAGCCUCCAAGCUGGCACCAAAAUACUGGACAUCCCCCUCAACCCAGAUACCAACAUGACUGCGCUCAUUGACUGUGCUGGCAUUCUGAAGCUGAGGAACUCGGACAUCGAGCUGAGGAAAGAUCAACUCUCCCUGUCCUGACACUUUCUUUGAGUUUGUAUUUUGACAAGGUAUCAUAUUUAUCAAUAUCCUAGCGAAAUCUGUCUUCUCUCUCUCUCCUCUCAAUCUCUCUCCUCAGCCCAGCGCUCUGCUCAGGAGCUGCCAGUGGUGGAGUCGGUCAGUCUUACAUCCUGCUCUGUGGAAGGAGGGGAGGAGCUACUGUUGGGUGGGUCUAACUUCCUGCCCAUGUCCAGAGUGCUUUUUAUGGAAAGAGGGACAGAUGGAAAGCUACAGUGGGAAGAGGAGGCACAUGUUGACCGUGACAACAGUAGUGAGUGCUUGCUGUGUGUGCGAGUUCCAGCCUAUAGCGACCUCUCAGUGAGCCGCCCAGUAUCUGUGUGCCUUUACGUCUCCAACGGGAAGAGAAAAAGGAGCAGCACUCACUGUUUCAAGUACCUGCCGGUCAUGUUUAAAGAGGAGGACCCUCUGCUGUCACAUCCCUCUGCCUUGCCCCUGGAGGGGGUGACACUCUGCUCCAUGAGGGAGCCCAGCAGGGUGGACAGCGGUGUGCACCGGGGGAAUGAUCCCAUGCUCGAGGAGGGAGGACUGGCCUUCCACCUUCCCCCCUACCCUUCAGUCUGCUCUCCCCCCUACCCCGGCCAGAGCUACCAGGAGUACUGCCACAAGCCGGAAACUGUGGAGGAGAGCAGAGGUUCUCUGUCGGAGAGACACCCCAGCUUUGAGAACUUGGAGCUGGGCUUCACUGAGCUACUGCCUCCCUUUUACCCCAGAGUCCCCCAGCCUCCCUCCCCCUCCCCUUGGCUGGACUCCCCAUACCUGUCCUCUUCCCCCUCUCCCUCCCACUCCUCCUCUCUGAGUCCCUUCCCCUCCAGCAGCCCCAUCUCCUCCUCCCCUCGUCCCCCCAUGACUACCUCUCCCUUCCCCCACUACCCCUACCCUCAUGAGGUCUGCCCCUCGCCUCCUUCCAACCCUAGCCCGUAUCAGGACUUCUACCCACCACCGUACUCCCACUAUGAGGUAUGGGACCACCAGGGCAGGGGACCUGGGGAAAGGGAAGCUCAGGCUGGACCUAAAAUGCAGGAGAGCCCCCUGGAAUUUUCCAGCUCAUCAUCCUUUCACCACAUUACAUUAGAGGAAGUGAAUGAGUUCAUAGGAGAAGACAUCAGAUCCUUCCAUUCGGGCUCACAGAUGGACAGCCAACCGGGAUGACAAGCUCCGUACUGUCCUGUCUUGUUCUGUUUUUAUAGUAUGAAGUGCGUUAUUGAUAUCAUAUCACACCUUUUCCUAUGCACUUGGUUUCUGACGUAUUGCUCAAGUAUGGCAAUACUGAAUGGGGAUUAAAUAAAAGGGCACGGUUGUAAGUAUGAUCGAAGGUCACUGUUACAGUUUAUAUAAGGGAGACUAAUGUUUUUAACCUGUUUUCAAUAUAAAUUAUACAAGUAAAUGUC